UUAAUACGUGGCCUUUGGGUCACCAGAUUGCGAAAUGACGUGUUUCUGCCAUUCAGCGUUAAUUAAAUCCUUUGUGAGUGUGAAUGCUUUCAUAACGAGUGCUGUGGGCCAAAUGCAGGUUUACUUCUCUCAUUCUGGUUCCUCAAACUGUGCAGCUGGUUGUCCCUCCGGUCCUGCGUCAUGGCGAGCUGGUGGACCUCUGCAGACAGUCUGGACCUGGAGGAAACCUCAGUGGCGUCUUGGAUCAUUCAGACAGUCGGCCUGUUUGGAGAUAUUCUGUCUUUGGAGGACACGAUGCUGUCUGAAGACAACAGUGAGGAGGACAACGCUGGCGGGACUGCUUCAGGGGAGGAGGGGGGUGCUCAACAAUCAGGAGACACAAAGGUAGAAGAUGAAGACAUGAUGGAGGAGGACAAAGAGGAGAAGGUGAAGGGUAGAGGAGAUCAACAGGUUAAAGACUGGACAGAUAUAAGUGAGAGUAAAGAGGAAGAAGAUUUUCAACGAGGAGAAAAAGAGAAAGAAGACGAUAAAGGUGCCAAAGAUGAUGGAAAUGUUGAAGUAGAGAAGCAAGAAGAAAAGAGAGAUGGGAGAGGGGAAGAGCAGGUGUUAGAAAAAGAGGUAGAGGAUGCGCAAGAAGAGGCAAAGAUAGAAAAAGAAAAUGUGGAGGAAGAAGAUGAAGCACAUACUCAAAGAGAGCAAGAGGAAGAAAGAAGGAAGGAGGAGGUAGAGGAGGAAGUAGAUAAAGAGACAGAAAGACAGGAUGAUGAAAAUGAUAGAGAACAAAGAAAUGUAGUGAGAGUAGAAGACAAUGAGCUCAUAAAAGAUGGAGAAGAGAAAGAAAUGGAGGAAGAAGAAGUAGACAGAAGAUUGAAGAUGUUGAAGAUUCAGAAAGAAAAAGAAGAGAAGGUUUUAGAGGAGGGAAGAGAGGAUGACAGAGCACAGAAAGAAGAGAUAGAGGAUAAAAUAAAACUAAGGGAUAUAAAGGAAGAUGAGUAUGAUCGAGCAAAAGAUGGAGAGAAAGAGUUGGUUGUGAAGGAUGGAAAAAGAGCAGAAAAAGAGAGGGAGACUCAUGAUGAAGACGAGGUUGAAGAAGAGAAGGAGGAAGAGAUGGAGGAAAAAGUAAAGGAGGUUUUGGAGAAGGGAAGAGAGGAUGACCGAGCAGAGAAGGAGGAAAAAGAAGAGGUAGAGGAUGAAAGAAAAGAACAAGACAGCUGGACAAAGAUAAAAGGACGUGGACAAGAUGAUGAAAAAGAAGAAGAGGUGGAGGAUACUGGAGAAAAGGAGGUGGAGAAAGAAGAGGAGAUGGAGAAAGAAAAAGGACAACAACAGAUUGUUGGAAAAGAAAACAAGAAAGAGGAAAAUGGAGAUGGAGAAGAAGAGGAAGUAGAAAAAGAACAACAGAUUGUUGGAAAAGAGAUGGAGGGGAAAGGAGAGGCAGAGAAAGAAGAAAAGGUUCAUAGAGAAGAAGAAGAGAUGGAAGAAGAAGAAGAGAUGGAGGGAAAAGGAGUGAUGGAGGCAGAGAAAGAAGAAAAGGUUAAUAGAAAAGAAGAAGAGAUGGAAGAAGAAGAAGAACAGAUUGUUGGAAAAGAGAUGGAGAGAGAUGGAGAGGCAGAGAAAGAAGAAAAGAUUCAUAGAGAACAAGAAGAGAUGGAAGAAGAAGAAGAGAUGGAAGAAGAAGAAGAGAUGGAAGAAGAAGAGAUGGAAGAAGAAGAAGAAAUGGAAGAAGAAGGAGAAAAUGAGCUCGAUGGAUCACAUUCCUAUAAACCAAUUCCUCCAUCAGCUGCAUCAGCUCAGGAAUGGGCUAAAACGCUGAGUCAUGCUGGUGCAGAAACAGGAAAAGAAGAAGUAGAAGAAGAAGAGGAGAACGGCUCGGGCGCUGCCAGCCAACACAACGGGGACAUUUAUCCCACAUGGCCGAGCCCGGACAAAGACCCGGAGACGGAGCGAGCUCCUCUCACACGACCGGACUCGAGUCUGGAUCGGAACAAGGAGGAAAUACAGAGUUCGGACGAGGGAGCGCGACCCGAAACGCCGUUGCCGACGGCGUCUCCUGGACGACAUCGAGCUGACGACGACAUCCGAGAUCCUAAACCGGGACCACGGACAGGUUGCAGGCUGGAGCAGAAAGAAGUGACGUUGAUGGACGCAGCCGCUGAGUCGUCGUUAACGGCCGGACGAGAAAGCAAAGCGCUCGGUCCGACCCGAAACUCGUCCAGCACAGGAAGCCCUGCGAUGGACGUGAAGGGGGACAAAGGAGACAAAGAAGAAGGAGGUGAAAACAAUGUGAACGGCGAGGCGGACGCAGCAGAGAAGAAGAAGAAGAAGAAGAACAACAGCAGCAGCAGCCGCGCGACGACAUUGUACAAAACUGUGUCCUACAGGAGGAUCCGUAGAGGAAACACCCGGCAGAGGAUCGAUGAGUUCGAGGCCAUGAUGGACUCAUGAUCCAACCAACCCUAAAUAGUGUCAACGGGUGUAUUUCUGAUGGCUUUUUUGGGUUCUUGUGCUUGAGGAUGGCAACACCUAGUGGUCACCAACGCAUUCUCAUGAACGGGUUUGUGUGAUAUCAAACAAAAGGUUGUGUACAACAAUUCCUAUUAUCUGCGACUGCCGGCUGGUCACGUGACAACCACAGGAAAGUUAAGUUCAGCAGGCGGUCUUCACGGUUACAUUUAGCCGGGAAAAUUGAGUUAAGUCGACAAAAAGUGACUUUAAACCGAGCACAGAGCCCCAUGAGCUGUCAGUCAUUACAGGGCGCGUGGCAGUUAAGUUUAGCCGAUAAAAAGUGAGCGUUAGGAAGCGACAACAGUUAAGUCAAGGCACCAAAAUGAC